CCCGCCCCGCGCUCACCACCCUCUCCCCGCAGCGCCGAGCACAGGAGCGCCGCACACCGCUUCUGGUGGGAGAACAAAGCAGAGCUCAAGCUGAAGCACCACUUCCUCAUCUCGCCCCAGGACUACACACGGUUCAAAUCCUCCCUCAUCAAAGCCUUGGAUGCUUACGAAGAAAAAGAGGACAAGACCAUUAAAGAGAUGGCGUCUCACAUCCGAGAGGUCGAGGAGAGCAGGCGGCAGCUGGUGCAAGCGGUCUUAGAGCCUGAGAAAGAGACAGAACCUUGUGAUAGACCUUCCGUCUUCAAUGCACCCGGUGUCUCUGAAAGUGACAUCACCUGCUGCACUAAGGAGCAGCCUGGUCCAAGUAGGAUGCAACCAUUGUCUGAUUUAGAUUGGAUGGAAAAAGGGCAUGCUCUGACUUUUAUUGGCCACCAGGAAACUGAUGGGAAGGGGAACAUUCACACAGGAGCCAAGCCUCCCUGGCUGGUGCAGGAUGAAGAGGAGGCUGGAAACAAACAGCAGAUUGGGCCUUCGUAUGAAGAGUUUCUCAAAGAAAAGGAGAAGCAGAAGCUGAAAAAGCUUCCAGCAGAGCGCGUUGGUGCCAACUUUGACCACACAUCUCAGACAGGGGAAGGCUGGCUUCCCUCCUUUGGGCGGGUCUGGAAUCAUGGCAGGAGAUGGCAGUCAAGACAUCAGUUUAAAGCUGAAGCAGGGAAAAAGAGAGAGACACAGAGGAGGAACACAAGACCAAAAUCCGAGGUUCUUUAAAGCGAUGCUGGCAAAGUGUAUAGUAUGAUGUACCAGUCACACUUGGUCUUUGUUUCCAUUGCAUAAACUAUAUUAAACUUGCACAUAAAUACA